AGUGUGGCCCCAGAAGUGCCACCUGUCAGUGCUCAUCAGUGCCAGUGCCCAUCAGUGCCACAUCAAUGCCACCCAUCAGUGCCAGUCAGUGCCACCAAUCAAUGCCAAUCGGUGCCACCUAUCAGUGCCAGUCAGUGUCGCCUAUCAGUGCCAGUCAGUGCUGCCUAUCAGUGCCAGUCAGUGCUGCCUAUCAGUACCACCUAUCAGUGCCAUAUAUCAGUGUCAUGUAUCAGUGCUGCCUUUCAGUGCCAAUCAGUGAUGCCUGUCAAUGCCCAUCAGUG